AUGAGCUGUACAGCUGCGAGGGUGACGAUCUGUACAGCUGCGACUGGGCGACAAGCUGCGAGGGAGACGAGCUGCGAGGAAGACGAGCUGCGAGGGAGACGAGCUGCGAGGGAGACGAGCUGCGAGGGAGACGAGCUUCACGGGUCCCCGCAAGGCACUGUUCUAAAAUCUGAGGCAAUCUUUAAUCAGAAAGCUCCUACAGUUGGUUCUUUCUCUUUUCGCGGUCCAAACACCGUUGCUGUUGAUCUUCUAAAGCCCGAUAUAACAGCACCGGGAGUAGAGAUCCUCGCUGCCUAUUCACCUGAUGGUCAACCGUCUCUAGGUGACACUAGACAUGUGAAGUAUUCUGUUCUAUCUGGAACUUCAAUGUCUUGUCCACACGUUGCUGGCGUGGCUGCGUACAUCAAGACUUUUCAUCCUGAUUGGUCUCCUUCCAUGAUCCAAUCUGCCAUCAUGACAACCGCUUGGCCAAUGAAUGCUACUGGAACUGGCUAUGCAUCAACCGAUUUUUCCUAUGGAGCUGGACAUGUUCACCCAAUAGCCGCUCUAAAUCCUGGACUUGUCUAUGAACUGGACAAAGCAGAUCACAUUGCCUUUCUCUGCGGCCUGAACUACACUUCGAAAACUCUUAAACUCAUUUCUGGUGAAGCAGUGACUUGUAAUGGAACAAACUUACCAAGAAACCUCAACUAUCCUUCAAUGUCGGCUAAAAUCCUGGUGUCUGCUAGCUCCUUCACCGUGACUUUCAACAGAACCGUCACUAACCUCGGUACCCCCAACUCUACAUACAAAUCAAAGAUUGUCUUAAAUCACGGAUCUAAGCUCAACGUCAAGGUCUCGCCUAGUGUUCUAUCUAUGAGAUCACUGAAAGAAAAACAGUCUUUUACGGUGAUUGUUACAGGCGUUCUAGACUCUGAACUGCCUUCGUCUGCAAAUCUAAUCUGGUCUGAUGGAACACAUAACGUCAGAAGUCCCAUUGUUGUCUAUGCUUACGGGAACUGAUGAGGCACUAUCACUUAUCAGUUCACCAUAGUCACCAAUCAUCAUAGAAUCAAUCUUUUUGUUUCGUAUCAUCUAUUGCAGAAUCACCGCUUCCAAAUCUUUCGCAUCAAAUCCUGAAUCAUAUGUGCU